AACUUCCCAGGGCAUAAACAGCCGCGCCAGGUGCCGCCCUCGCCGCGAGGAGACGGCGGGCGGGUGGGGGCCGAGAGACGCGGCGCGAGUUGGCAGCGCAUCCGCGGAGUGGAGGGCGACGGAAGAGAGAUUAAAAAAAAAAGCCAAAGAAAAACAAAACCUGGAGAUACAGAAAAGGGCCCUAGGAAAAAGUUUUGGAUGGGAUUAUGUGGAAACUACCCUGCAAUUCUCUGCUGCCAGAGCAGGCUCAGUGCUGCCUUCUCCCCAGCGGCGCAGCCCGCUCCGGGCGCUGCUGAGAGACGCCCGGGCCUCGGUGCCGCGCCGCCAGUGCCUGCUGUGCCGGAGCCCUUCGCCCCGCCGGCCCAAUGCUCCUCCUCGGGCUGCUCCUGCUGACAUGUGCCCUGGCCGGCCGGAGGCAGGGGGCCGCCGCCGAGUCCGACCUCAGCAGCAAGUUCGCUUUCUCCGGCGCCAAGGAGCAGAACGGCGUGCAGGAUCCUCAGCAUGAGAAGAUAAUUACUGUUACUACUAAUGGAAGUAUUCACAGCCCCAAGUUUCCACACACAUACCCACGCAAUACUGUACUAGUGUGGAGAUUAGUAGCAGUAGAUGAAAAUGUAUGGAUACAGCUUACUUUUGACGAAAGAUUUGGGCUUGAGGACCCAGAAGAUGACAUUUGCAAGUAUGACUUUGUAGAAGUUGAAGAGCCUAGUGAUGGCACUGUUUUAGGGCGCUGGUGUGGUUCCAGUACUGUGCCGAGCAGACAAAUCUCCAAAGGAAACCAGAUCAGAAUAAGAUUUGUGUCUGAUGAAUAUUUUCCUUCUGAACCUGGAUUCUGCAUUCAUUAUACACUUCUUAUGCCACACCACACAGAAGCACCUAGCCCAUCAUUGCUACCCCCAUCAGCUUUACCAUUAGAUGUAUUAAACAAUGCUGUUGCUGGCUUUAGUACUGUGGAAGAACUUAUCCGGUAUCUUGAACCAGAUCGAUGGCAACUGGAUUUGGAAGAUUUGUACAGGCCAACGUGGCAACUUCUUGGAAAGGCAUAUAUUCAUGGGAGGAAAUCAAGAGUGGUUGAUCUCAACCUCCUGAAGGAGGAAGUGCGGCUGUACAGUUGUACUCCUCGCAACUUCUCGGUGUCGCUGAGGGAGGAGCUGAAGCGAACUGACACCAUCUUCUGGCCAUUAUGUCUUCUGGUUAAACGUUGUGGUGGAAACUGUGCUUGUUGUCAUCAGAGCUGCAAUGAGUGCCAGUGUGUACCAACAAAAGUCACCAAAAAAUACCAUGAGGUUCUUCAGCUGAAGCCAAGGAUUGGUGUCCGGGGAUUGCAUAAAUCAUUGACAGACGUACCCUUGGAACACCACGAGGAGUGUGACUGUGUGUGCAAAGGGAAUACUGAAGGAUAAACAUUAUUUAAUUGUGCUGUUUUCUUUCAAAGCACAUUCAAUCAAUGGCUGAUUCUAUUAUGGGGCUUGUGCAUUAUCUCCUUCUGUAAUCUCAGUUGUUUGCUUUGGGAAUCUUCCAUCUGCAAGAUUUACAGUGAGUUCUAAAAAGAGAAGCCAAACUGGGAUUAUAUGUUGUGUGACAGCUCUCUUUGGAGGCCCAGUGAAAGAACGGGAGAAAGGGAUUUAAAAACAAUAGCUACAUUGUUUUUGUCCCAUACAAUUUUCUUGACAAUACGUGGAUUUAUAAUUUAGGAGUAAAAAAAAAGUUAGAAGGCUCACAUCAUGGAGACUUGAUCCUGCUGGCUGUCUCAUUUCUACAGCUCCAGUACAUCUGGCCUCUGGUUGAAAACACCUGAAAUCUUUUUGUGUUCAACUGCUACUCCUAUUACUCUAAAUCAAAGUGAUCCCUGUUGUAUAAACUUGGAUUAAAACAGACUGUCUUGUUCUGAAUUAAACUUAAUUUGUCUAAUGCUGGUAGGAAGGACUGGAUUUUUCCAUAUGCUCUAGUAAAGCUUCUGCCUUUUAGAAGAAGACUGGACAAUAACGUGAGCUAAGGAAGCAAACAUUGAAAAGAACAGCGCCUUUAUUCUUACUACUAUGGCUGAUGAUAUUUUUUGGUUGGUUUUUUUUUAUUGUGUACAUUUUUAUACCCUCCU